GAAGAAGACGACGAAGUAAACGACGACGAAGAAGAUAAUCAUAAUAAAAAUAAAGAGUCGUCGACCCACAUGUUUGGAGACGGCCAUUCAAUGUAAAACUACGUGACUGGAAAGUACCCGAUGCGUAGAUUCCGUUCAGAAUGGCCUACCACACUUUUCAACAGGAGUAUUUACAGAUUCCGCUUGUGACGAGGGCAUAUACUACAGCAUGUGUCCUUACAACCGCAGCAGUGCAACUGGAGAUCAUCACACCUUUUCAACUAUACUUCAAUCCAGAUUUGAUCCUAAGGAAUUACCAAGUGUGGCGACUAAUAACAAACUUUCUUUUUUUUGGUCCGGUUGGCUUCAAUUUUCUGUUCAAUAUGAUAUUUUUAUACAGAUACUGUCGUAUGCUGGAGGAGGGUUCUUUCAGGGGGCGAACAGGUGACUUUGUUUUCAUGUUCCUCUUUGGUGGAUUUCUGAUGACUAUAUUUGGAACUUUUGUGAGUUUGGUGUUCCUGGGCCAAGCGUUCACAAUAAUGUUGGUGUACAUAUGGAGUCGACGAAAUCCAAAUGUUCGAAUGAAUUUCUUUGGCCUUUUGAAUUUCCAGGCACCCUUCCUGCCUUGGGUGCUGAUGGGAUUUUCACUUCUGCUGGGCAAUUCCAUCAUUAUAGAUCUUUUAGGUAUCGCAGUUGGUCAUGUAUACUUCUUCUUGGAAGACGUCUUCCCUAACCAGCCUGGAGGUGGAAGAUGGCUGAAGACUCCAUCGAUCAUAAAGAUGCUGUUUGACACACCUGACGAUGAUGCCAAUUACAAUCCAUUGCCUGAGGAUCGCCCAGGAGGGUUUGCUUGGGGAGAGGGACCACCACAUUUUGGAGGUUAACCAUAAUUUGGUUUUGUUCUGUCAGUAUCUUUCAAAAAUGUUCCACCAGAGUGAUGACGUUGUACUGAUAAGAUUUUUUGAUUCAUGGGCGGAUAAUGCAACAACAACAAAAAGAGAGAGGAAUCCAAUGAUUAUUUUUGUUUAGUUUUUCACUGUGGAUUUAAAUUAUCCUAACAAUUUUCAAUGCCAGUCUCUCUCUGGAAAGUCAUGUUUUCUUUUUCUUCUCUGUUAGUAGUGGACAAAUGAGGUCAUGGUUGCAAUUAUUUUUACAAUAAGGGUUAAGUCAAAAAGCUGAACUGUUUACUAAUCUGUUCAACACAGUACAUUUCCAACUUAGGGUUGACUGUCUUUGAUGCUAUCAUUUUAUUAUUUGGUUUUCAUUCGCACAGUACUGUGCAAUUUGUCAUGUCUGUAGUUGUUUUUCUUUUUUAAAUUAAAUAUUACUUGUUGGUUGAACAAUGCAAAA